UUUACUGUUCUCUCCAUCUAUGCUAAAAAACAGCUGUUCAAAAUAACUAUAGGUACAUACUUACGUACCAACCAACCACAGAUAUUAUAUAGAUAUCUGUGAUACCUACUUAUCUUAAUUGCAAUCAUGGUCGGUGAAUUUAACUCCGGUUUCCAGAGGUUAUCUUUACAAGUACUUAUACUACAAACAACAAACAAACUUGUGUAGGUAGGUAAUACUUAUAUAGUUACACACGUAAGCAAUUAAAAAGUUCUAGUGACAAUAACACCAAAUUACUCCUAAAUAGAAAAGGCUAGCCUAAUGACGCCGUCUGCAAUAUCGAAGUUUAACAGCGCGUUAUAAUAUUACCAACUAAAACGUUAAAUAAUAUAGCUUACUAUACUUACAACCGUAUAGUCAACCAACACUAUGUAAAGUGAUAUGAUAGCCACUUGUACCUACUUUAACUCUAGCGCAAGUAAUAAAACAACAAUAUUUUCUGUUAUUUAAUAUGUCAAAGCUCGGUUUUAUUUUUAUUAAUGGCUACGGGUUCUUAAAUAAUGACAUUCAUUCAUAGCAGUAGUAGUGGUUGUUCAAGUAUGAGCGGCGCUCGCAUCGUUGUGGUAGCUGCGUGUUUGUGGAUGGCGGCGGCGGCCACGGAGGCUCCGAAAUGGAAGCUCAACAACGGACUGGAAAUACCAGCUCUAGCCCUCGGCACUUACCUGGGGUUUGAUGAGCACGGCGUGAUGACCAGCACCAACAAGCAGUUACGCGACACCGUGGUCUCCGCCCUGCAGCUCGGCUACCGGCACAUAGACACGGCCGCGGUCUACCAGACCGAGGCGGAGAUCGGCGAGGCUAUUGCUAUGUGUGUCGCUAACGGGACAGUGAGACGGGAGGAUGUGUUUGUUACUACUAAGCUAUGGAACACGCGGCACGGGCGGGCCCGCGUGGCGGAGGCUCUCAGGGACUCCCUGAAGAAGAUGAGGCUGGACUAUGUGGACCUCUACUUGAUGCACUGGCCUGUCGCUCUUAAUGAAGACUACAGCUUCGCAUCCAUAGACUACCUGGACACGUGGCGCGGCCUCGAGGACGUGCAUAGACUGGGGCUGGCGCGCUCCAUAGGGCUGUCCAACUUCAACCGGCAGCAGGUCGCCAGGGUUAUUAAGGAGGGGAGUGUGAAGCCGGCUGUGUUGCAGAUUGAGGCGCACCCACAAAUCGUGCAGCAAGACCUAGUCUCCUACGCCCAAUCCGAAGGCCUCGUCAUCAUGGGGUUCAGCCCGCUAGGCUCCCUGGUCUCCCGCUUCGGCAUGGAAGCCGGCGGGCCGCGGGUUGACGACCCCACGCUCGUGGAGAUAGCCGCGAAGUAUAAGAAGACCACGCCGCAAGUGCUGCUGCGAUGGCUGAUUGAAAGAAAAAUCAUACCAAUACCGAAGACAGUGAAGCAGAGCCGCCUGGUGGAAAACCUGAACAUCUUCGACUUCCAUCUGACGCCGGCAGAGGUCGCCACUAUCAGUGCCUUCGACUCCAACAAGAGAUUCACGUUCCCAUCCUUCUGGCAGAACCACCCUCAUUAUCCUUUCGAAAAGAUAAAGAACCCCAUUCGAGAUCCGUUUGGCAGGAAAUAGUUUUAGUUGUGGUUAGAAUAUUGUACUUACUGUUGGCUGAUAUUUACGGAACAACGCCAUCUGUAGGUUGGAAGUGUUAGUUUGGUUUUUAAAGAGCUUGUAACGUGCGUGAAUAAAGAAACAAUAUGAUGAUGGUGGACGCACGCUAUCUAGCUGUAAUCUUAGAUCUGUUAAAUAUUCCUUCCUAGUUACUAAUAUUAUUUACAUACUUAUAACGGUGCGGCGCAUCACAAUUUAUUUUUGUCAUAUUGUUUUCUUGUUGAUCUUCGGAUAUUGAAGAACUAAUGUUGACAUCGCAUCGCGGCAGGGCCCUCAACCAUCAGUGCCGGCACAAAUGUCAGAAUAAAUGGCACAUUUGUCAAAGAAUUUUGAGUCACAUUUUAAUAGUGAUGGGAAAUUACAAAUUUUAAUGUCGAUAGUUUUACAAACAGUAAAAAUCCGACUGAGCGAUUUCUAACUUAAUUUUAACUAAUAUUUA